AUGAUUUUCAGACAACUCUUCUCGGCAGAGACUUCAACAUUUACAUACAUUCUCGGAUGUGAAGAAACUGGAAAUGGUGCAAUUAUUGAUCCAGUUUUGGAAGAAGUGGAACGAGAUGCUAAAUUAUUGAAGGAAUUGGGAUUGAAUGUGACUCAUAUUCUGGAUACUCAUGUUCAUGCUGAUCAUGUCACAGCUGGUGUUGAAUUGAGAAAGAAAUUUCCACAAGCAACUCAUUGUUACAGCAUUCAUUCAGGUGUCACUUUUACCGAUGGUUUAACACUUGUCAAAGAACAUGACGUCAUUUCCAUUGGUUCCACUAUUAAAAUUCAUGUUUUGGAAACUCCUGGACAUACGAGUGGCUGCUUGAGUUAUUACUUGGAAGACAAGUCAAAAGUGUUUACUGGGGAUGCUUUAUUUAUUAGAGGUUGUGGAAGAUGUGAUUUUCAACAAGGAUCUUCCUCGACACUCUAUGACAGUGUUAUGAAACUUUACAACACCCUUCCAGAUUCAUGUGAAGUAUAUCCAGGACAUGAUUAUAAAGGAAUGACCAAAAGUACCAUUGGAGAAGAAAAGAAAUUUAAUCCAAGAAUUUUCGCGGCACAAACACGAGAAGGUUUUUGUGAAAUUAUGGAUAAUUUAAAGUUGUCAAAGCCAAGAUUUUUGGAUGUGGCAUUACCAGCUAAUUUACUUGGUGGAGUCAAACAAUAA